AGUGGAGUUAGUCCUCCCAGAGAGAUCCGCUCCGGACUCCACUGGUUCAUCAGCCCUGCACAGACCAGCACGAAGACCUGAAACCGGACCGAAUCAGACCAGAAACCAGACCGGAUCAGAGAUGGACGGCUGUUGUCUGUCCCUGCUGUAGGUCAGUGAUGGCCGUGGUGUUUCCUGAAUGUGGAGGAGACCAAGUCAGAUCCAGACUCUAUGUUGGUCGCCAUGGCUUCACUGGAUGGAAACACGCCGGUUGAUACAUUUCUGGCAACGAUCCAUCUGGAGAGGUACCUGGACACCUUCCGUCGAGGCGGUCUCCUAUUGGCUAGAGACUUCACACACCUGGAUCAUGAUGCCUUGGUGAGCCUGGGUAUAACAGCUACAGGACACAGGAAGCGAAUCCUACGAUUGGUCAGUCACAUUCAGAGGACGGAGGCUCAAAGAGCCAAUCAGAAAGCUGAUCUUCCACGUGACCGCUGUCAAUCUGUGACAAACUUUUCUUCAUCAGAGCGAGGCCACAGCGCCGCAUCACUCAGACAGGUGACAGGACCUCCUAACUUUGAGGUGUUCAGGAACAGCUCAGCUCCGAACCUUGCCGCCAUGCUGACCAACUCUGACAACAGCAGGCCGGUGGUGAAGCCAGUUCCAAAACCUAGAACCGUCUUCAAUCGGCGCCGGACAGCACCCAUCCACUUCUGUCCAACACCAGACCCUGCACCGCCUUUACCCCGGAGGCUUUCCCAGGAGUCCAUCUGUUUUACUGUAUUAGAGGGUUUGACCUCAGGGGACAUGCCCACACCUAAUGACAGGUUGACCUCUGACCUCACUGACAAGUCUCUCAGCCGAAGGUCGAGCCAGGCAGAGAGGAGGAGGCCGAGUCGUAGCUUGUCUAUGUCAGACGCUGGAGGGACGUUACCUCCUGUUCCCCCAAGGCUGAAACGUGGGAUCCCCCCCGCCAUGUUCCAGGGGUCCCCACCCUCUUCUUCCUCUUCUUCACCUGUGCGGACAGAACAGAACCAGACAUCUCCUUUAACUUCCAGUCCCGGUAGUCUUGACGACAGCAGGCUCUCUGGAUCCCCACUGUCCAGUUCACCCAGAGGUGGUGGGAUGGAGAUGGUCUCCAACGAAAUCUACUGGGGAACUUUACCCGGUUCUACUGCCCCCAUUGGAGGGAGGAGUUACUGCAGCCAGCAGUCCGCUCCUCCGACUCCACCCAGACAAACACCAGACAGGAACCCCGAGAGGAAUAGUGGCAGCACUUUAAGCAACAACUCUUCAGGAUCAGCCAGAGCUUCAACAGACGACCCUGAGGAGGAGAUCAGCCCGUACUGUGAAACAGUUUUCCAAACCAGAAGAAAUCCACUUACCUUUGAGAGUGAAAGGAGCAGACUGGAGGAAAGAGAGAUGAGGAGGGUGGAGGAGAAACAUGCAGAGGAUCAUGGGUGUCAGAAGUUCUCCUGGACAAAGCGAUUGUCUCAGGCUCUUCACUCCGGAGACUCUCAGGGUUACAGCACCGUCGGAGAACCUCCACCCCCCGUCCGCUGCCUCUCUCUGCCCCCCCACACCUUUCCUUCAGAGACCGACGAGGACCUGAUCAUCUCCCCCUACGCCAGCUACACCUCCCUGACCGAGAGAGCCCCGCCCAUCAUCAGUGGCUGGCUAGACAAGCUGUCUCCACAGGGGAACUACGUUUUCCAGAAGCGCUAUGUGAAGUUUGAUGGCAAAAACCUGAUGUACUUUGGCAGUGAGAAGGACGUCUAUCCUAAAGGAGUGAUCCCACUGGCUGCCAUCCAGAUGGCCCGCCUAGCCAAAGACAAUAAAUUUGAAAUAGUGACAAGUCAGAGGAUCUUUGUUUUCAGGGCUGAUAAUGAAGUUCUGAGGCGGCGGUGGGUCAGCACGCUGCAGGAACACGUCAGAGACCAGCUGGUGUUCGGUCGGCGGCGGUUCGGUCCCGGGUCUCACUGUCAGAAACACGGCGUCCUCGAACUGAAAGGAACCAAAUCCAAAGUGUACGCCGCCAUCAACACGGAGCAGAUCUGGCUCUACAAGAGCGAACAGUGCUUUCGUAACGGGAUCGGCAUCACGCUGAUCGAAGCUCGAGGAGCGACCAUCAGAGACGGAAAAAACAAGAGCUUCGACCUCAUCACUCCGUACAAAACCUUCAGCUUCACAGCGGAGUCGGACCGGGAGAAACGGGACUGGAUGGAGGCGCUGCAGGAGUCCAUUGCGGAGACACUGUCGGAUUACGAGGUGGCCGAGAAGAUCUGGUCCAACCGGUCCAACAGGAUGUGUGCCGACUGUAAGGCCCUGAACCCUGACUGGGCCUCCAUCAACCUGUGUGUGGUCAUCUGCAAGAACUGUGCAGGACAGCACAGAGGUCUGGGGACGAUGGUCUCCAAGGUUCAGAGUCUGAAACUGGACACCAGCGUGUGGAGCAACGAGAUCGUCCAGCUGUUCAUCAUGCUGGGGAACGACCGGGCCAAUGAUUUCUGGGCUGCUUCGCUGUCUCCAUCGGAAGAUCUGGACUGUGACGCCUCACCUGAACAGAGGCGAGAGUUCAUCACACAGAAGUACAGAGAGGGUCGAUACCGGCUGAACCACCCUGCGUUCAACAGCCAGGAGGAGCUGCUCAAGGUCCUGUGCUCGGCGGUCUCUGAACAGACACUCCUGAAAACUGUCACUCAGAUUUUCUUGGAGGCGGAGUCAGCUCGCCUUGCCAAUGACUCCAACUGCUGCCAACAACAUCAUCACCUGCUGGAUCACCCGUCUGCGUCAGACCCCAGUGUGUACGAUGAGAUCAUGCAGCCCGUCCUUCACUCAGGUUACCUCUAUAAGUCCGGCUCCGUCCACAGAGGAACGCUGUCCAAGAAAACACGAGAAGACUUCCAGAAGUUCUGGUGUUCGGUGGAUCAGUCUCUGCUCUUUUACGAGUCGGAUCGAUCAGCUGAUCCCUGCAUGCAGAUCAGUGUUAAAGACAUUGUGUGUUUGGGCGUCAGUCGGCCCGACACCUCCAACAACAACAACGGAUUCAUCGACAGGUUUCGUUACACCUUCGAGUUGUAUUUGACUUCAGAGAAACUUUAUCAGUUUGGUUUGGAGACGGCCGACAUGCUGCACAGCUGGACCAGAUCCAUCGGGAAGGCUGCGACCCCCCUCAGCUGUCACUGCCUGCUGACUCGGGAGUUUGAGCGGGUCGGUCUGCUGCGCUACAGAGCCAUGUUGGACGCUCAGCAGUGGAAGGAGGCUUACUUCGUCCUGCAGAAGUCCAACCUCUUCAUCUGUCCCCGAAACGACGGAGCGGCUGAGGACAUCAUCAACCUGAACCGUCUGCAGGAACUCAGUAUAGCCUCCGAAACUGAGAACCAUGAGAAGAAAGAUAUCCUGGUUUUAGUAGAAAAAGGAAGGACUCUCCACCUGCAGGGGAUCGGCCGGACAGAUUUCUCGUUGUGGUACUCGGACAUCCAGCGAGCUGCCGGCGGUAAAGGAAACACUCUGCGGGAACAGCAGCUGAGCAGAAACGACAUUCCCAUCAUUGUGGACAGCUGCAUCGCCUUCAUCACUCAGUAUGGUCUGGGCCACGAGGGGAUCUACAGGAAGAACGGGGCCAAAUCCAGGAUCAAACUCCUGAUGGAAGAGUUUCGCAAAGAUGCUCGAAACGUCAAACUGCGGAUCGGAGACCACUUCAUCGAGGAUGUGACGGACGUCCUGAAGAGGUUCUUCAGAGAGGUGGACGACCCCAUCUUCAUGGCCGACCUUCACCCGCUGUGGCAGGGGGCCGCCAAAAUCCCUCACAAGAGACAGAGGUUGGAUCGCUACAAAGAGAUCAUCCGGAGUCUUCCUCGAGUCAACAGGACCACUCUGGCUGCUCUCAUCAGUCACCUGUACAGGGUCCAGAAGUGUGCAGAUCUCAACCAGAUGUGCACUAAGAACCUGUCGCUGCUGUUCGCUCCCAGCCUGUUCCAGACCGAUGGGAAAGGAGAACACGAGGUGAAGAUCGUAGAGGAUCUGAUAGACAACUACCUGCAUGUCUUUGAUAUCGAUGAGGAGCAUCAGACUCAGAUUGAGCUGGAAAUCAGCCUCAUCACCACCUGGAAGGACACUCAGCUGUCUCAGGCCGGUGAUCUGAUCAUUGAAGUCUAUCUGGAGAUGAAGAUACCAGACUGCUGCAUCACUCUCAAAGUGUCUCCCACCAUGUGUGCUGAGGAACUUACCAAUCAGGUUCUGUACAUGAGGAACGUCCCGGCCGGAGACAAAGACGUGUGGAUGACGUUUGAGGCCAUCGAGGAUGGACAGCUGGAGCGUCCCUUACACCCCAAAGAGAAGGUCCUGGAGCAGGCUCUGCAGUGGUGCAAGAUGGCCGACCCAAGCUCGGCCUACCUGGUGGUGAAGAGAGUUCCUAAAGGAGAAGGCAUUAACAUCCUCACCUCCUAUAAGAGUGAGAUCAUGAAGAUCGGUCUGCUGAAGUGUCGUGAGGAACCUCCGAAGCUCCUUCAGGGAAACAAGUUCCAGGAGAGAACGUUCCAGAUCAAAGACCACAAACUGCUGCUGCUCAAAGACAAGAAGAGCAUCAAACCGGAGAAGGAGUGGUCUCUGAAGUCCAUGAAGAUCUAUAUUGGCAUCCGCAGGAAACUGAAAGCUCCAACCAGAUGGGGGUUCACAGUGAUGUCAGACAAACACCAGCUGUAUCUGAGUUGUAGCUGUGAGGCUGAACUGUGGGACUGGAUCACCAGCUUCCUCAAGGCUCAGAACGAUGACCCGGGUCCUCCAGUGCUGAGGCGUCACUCCUCCUCAGAUAUCUCCAAGCAGAAGUUCGGCACAAUGCCGCUCGUCCCCAUCAGAGGAGACGAGAGCAACAGCAGCAUGCUGACGGCCAAUCAGACACUGAGAAAGUUACACGACAGAAGGACUCUCUCCAUGUACUUUCCCAUGAAGGUACAGCAGGACUCAUUCGAAGAGCGUUCGGAGUCUCCGGAUCUCCCCGAGCCACUCUACGAGGAGGUUGGGGACUUCGGCCUGCAGGUCCUGAAAUCUCUGGAAACCAGUUUCCUGUCCAGCAGCACCGCAGAGACCCAGGAAGUCCCGGAUCACCCGCCACUCAGACUGGUUCCUGUGGAGACUGGACACGUGGAGCACAAGAUCGUCCCUGACCCAGUCCGGACCGGCUCUGCAGACCCUCCAGAGCAGAGCAGAGGCAGCAGCGAGGGAGGUGAUGGAGAGGCAGACUGCAGCUCUCUAGACUUGAACACCCCCCAGCUGCCUGCAGCGAGGAGGAGGCAGCAGCUGCAGGGAGUCUGUACUCCAUCACAGGAAUUGCUCCUGCAGGAGCUGUCUUCUGCCUUCACCAAAAAGACCGAAGAGGAGGAAGAGGAGGAGGAGAGGCCGUACGACGUCUGAGAGGAAGGACGGUUUUAUCUCUGUUUCUACAGAGUCUGGUGGAGUCUGGGAAAUAUUUAAACAUACAGUGUGUAGUUUCUGCCACUAGGGGGCCUCUCACAUCAGAACAAUAACAACAGAGGAAGUGUGAUGAGGUAGUGAAGCAGCAUGGGAUCACGGGACUUGUUGUCUUCACCACCAUUGGCGUCAUUGCAGUCAGCUUCUCCUGGUUAGGAUUCCUUCAGUGUUCAUGGUUCAGGAGGUCUCCCAAUGAUCCACAGAGGUCUCCUCCUCUCCAAAACAAACAGACCCGCUGAUUAAAACCACUAAACACACUGAAUAAAGCAGUUCCACCUUAACAAUCACUGCUUCUCCCACGCUGUUGGACAGACAAAGGACGUCCUGGAGGGGCUGUGAGCUGAGCUAAUGCUAACAUUAGCUCAGCUUGUUUCUCUGAUAACUUAAGAUCCAGACGUCCGAUGACUAAAAUCCUUCAUCUGGUUCAAAUCUAGAGUUAAAAAGCACCAAGAUCUAAACAGUGGAUGGUAAACAGUCAGUGUAUGACAGCUUCUAGCAGACAACCACAACACUGACACAGGAACAAAGGGGAUAUGACGCCACUGAUUACAGAUUAUUGAUUUAAUCAACUCCAUAUAGAACAUAGCUCUAGAGUUUAUUCACUGUUUAAUGAGGAAAUGUUACCUAUUAUUAAAAAGGUAACAUGAAGUAAUAUAAUUUGUCUUCAGUGAGUUUUUUGGGGUAAAAUAAAAUAAUGAACAAAAACAGUAUGUGCAGUACUCUCUGCCUUUAGAGGGCAAUACAGCUUUGACAGGUUUUACAGUGAAAUCAGUUUAAUGGUUGUCGAAGAUAAAAACACAAUAAAGUGUUUAACAGAUCUGAAAAAUCUCAGUCCAAGAUCAGACUGGACUCAACCAGGAGACAAAGAACCAACUCAAAGUUUGAUUUGUUCAACUGAGUGAAGUCAAUCAUCCGAUUGAGCAGCUGAUUUAAUCUUUUAAGGAGAAGAUUCAGUUCUGACUGAAAGAUAAGAAUGAGGACUGAUGGAGACAUUUAUCCCCCAACCCUGCCACCGGUAGUGCCUUGCUCUCUGCCAGCAGGAAGGGAAUCAAACCAUCAGCUGUGACAGAGUAACAGAGCUCAACAGUUUCUGAGUAUAGAAAUUAAAGAUGGACUGGACCGUGAUUGGCCGACUCGCAGUCACACCUGAGCAGACGAACAUGUUUGACUCCACUGAUGGUUUGUUUGUGAAGGACUGAAGCAGACUGGAGGAAUUCAUCAUGUACUGUAUGAAGAGACUGAAGCUGAUAUAUUAUAUGUGUAUGUUAUAUCUUUGUAUUGUUUUAAUGCCAAAUAAGAGAGUUCAGUGUCGUCUUCUCGUCAGGAUGGAAAACGUUUUCAGCGGGCACAUAUUGUAUCACUUCCUGUUAGUAUACAAACUAAAGUAUGUUGAUUUCUUGUAUAUUAACUGCAGAAACUACUACUCUACUGUAGUGAUGAUCGUUGUCAUUCCCAGGCCGUCAAAUACCAUCGCACAGGGUGCGUUUGUAUGGGACGCCGAGGCGGCGUGAUAAAGCGUUGGUAUCUGACGACCGGGAUGAGAACAGGUUGUGAUUGAAUAUCGGUAUGUAGGUGACACACAGCAGAUUGUUUGAAGGAUCUUUGGAUGAAUUUCUUCUUCUGUAAGUCUGAAACUCAGCAGACCUUUGGUUCACAGAGUCCUCCACAGAUUUAUGACGUCACUCUGUGAUGUCAAUCUGUCUGACUCAAAAUGGACUAAAUCGAUAAAUCUUCUUCCUUCCUUCCGCCUAUAUUACCCACAAUGCAACUCCAGCACAGACAGUUAUAUGAUUGUGGUGUCUUAUGCUAGUAGUGACUAAUGUAUCCUGCAGCAGAGAUGAGGAGCAGCUACAGUCUGGACUGAUUUCAUCAAUAUUUUCUUCAAACUUGUUGUCUUCAACCGAUGCUGACUCAAGUGACAUCACUUGUGAAGUUUUUGAUUUCAGUUUCUGAUCCUGUUUAUUGUUCUGACCAUUAUUCUGAAACUCAACAGUGUGAAAAAUGUCCCAUUUGUCCGACUGUUAUCCCAAAAAGGCCAGAAAAUAUAAAAACCUUCAACAAAUUAACAAGUUAUCAGCUAUCAGAACUGAAAGAUCCAGCUUGUGCGGGGGGCGGGGGGGUGAAACUCGCCGGGUUGGUUGAAUUUGCAUUAAGUGCUGCGAUCGCAACUUCAUGGAGGGACUGGGUAAUGCAAUGUCGGUCAAAUUGUUGGACAGUGAAAAAAAAAAUAUCAUCAGACAGACUACAUACAAAGUCUGAAUAUAUCUGAAGAUACUUUUCCACAUAUGUAUAUUACUAAUUUGUGUAUUUCAUAAGCUCGAUGUGAGUGUGGAUGAAGAAACUGGUUCCACUGGUUUUAAUGGCAACACACUGUGAAGAGUUUGACCUCUGAUGUUGUUAAGUUGUACAUUUAAAUGUAAUAAGUGUUAUUGGACGCUGUAUUUUAACACUGGUGGAGUUUAUUUAACCAACUGUAGAUUUAUUCUCUCUGGCGUCACUGGAUUUUAUUAUUUGGAUUAUGUUAUGGCCUCUUUAUACGUUAACUUAUUUCAUUAAACCAUAAAUGUUCCUGUUUUUAUGUUUUUAAACUGUGACCCCCCCUCCCUCUCAGAGUCAGUCUCUGUAUUCUGCUCCAUCGUUCCAACGGUCCGUUAUUCCAAAACCACAACAGUCUGAAUAGACUUUUUCUCUUGUAACACAGGAAGUCUCUUACUGCUGCACUGCUGCAUAUGCUAACUGUACUAGCUGCGAUUAGCUAGUUAGCGGUCCUAUUAGCUGACUGUACCUUGGAUUACUGGGGAAGGUUUGUUUACAGCACUGGCACAGGAGCUAGCAUAAGAGAGAGCACCAGAACUGGAACUGCUCCCAGCCUCAGACCAACAGAGGCCAGGUGAUUUACAGCGGCCCUGACCAGGACUCUGACUCCAGGGAAGACAAAGACACAGCGGUUUAAGCAGGAACAUGAGAGGGGUGAAAGGAGGAGAGUAACAUUAUCAAUCAUCCAUCGUAUCGAUCAGUCUGGAUCAGUUUCAGUGAAGUUGGAAGUUAUUGAACAGCCAGACUGUGAGAUGUUACACUGUGUUACUGCUUGUUCUGAUUCACAAUCAUUUAAUAGGCCGCGUUCACACAUAGAGAUUAUAAUCAUUACAUUCAGAUCAGAAACAUGCAACAUUAGCCAGCUAAUGCAUUUCACAAAUGGGAUGUUUAUCGGACUGUCGGGGUUCGGAAUAAUGGGUCGUCCCUCCACAACCGUUUGACUCACUUUAUAUGUUCAGACGUGGAAGAAAGAAAACUCAUUCUUCUCGUUCUGGAAGCUUUCAUGUACAUGAAGGAUGAUAUUAAAAUAUAUUUUUGGUUUCAUAA